AUAUUGUGAGGUCAACAUCAUCAUCAUCAUGUUGUACAGGCUGAGCCAUCAAAAAGCGAGGCAGAAGAAGAAGAGGGUCCAUAAAGCGCUAUGUCCUUGCCAAGCAACCGAUCGAGGAAGAGCCGGCAGUCGGGGCUGCCCCUCCAGUCGCUACCGGCGUCGAGGGCCGGCUACGUGCACGCCUUACCGUGGGGCUUGCCCCUCCACCAUCGCAAGGGCGAGAGCACGCCGCUGCCCAGGUUCACUAUCAACGAACGCGGUGGCCUGCAAGUAGAACCACUGGGGACGCUCGACCUGCCUCGCCCUCCCGAAACGAACGUUCGCCGCGAAAUCCUGCGAGGGUGCGCCCUUGCCUCAGCCCUAGUCUUCCUCUUUGUGGCUGUGAUGACAACUGCAUUGCUCGUGCACGGUGCACGCAAUCUCUUCGGACAUGUCGAAGACGCCACAACGGACGCUAGCGAAGAUGUCGUCAUUCAAUACAAGGAUCCACCUGCGCCCAAAAGUACAUCCCGGUACAAUAACGGCACCCGAAGUCGUGGAGGUGGCGACGAGCCCGGCACAGGCUCUCUGGUCGAAGACGACAGCUUUGACACGACGACAGCAGUGGAGAGCAGUGCACGUUUUGGCGAACCAUCAUUCUGACUAGCUCGGACGUAAUGUGUGCCACC